UGGAGCUUUGCAAGCCAGCGAAGAAGUCGGACGAAGAUCUCAGCAAGCAGCCGAAUUCAGACAAACCAAUUCCAGAAGUCGAAAGCAGGACAAUGGAAGCCAACUGUCUGCUUGUGAGACCAUGGGUAGCGGUAAUUCGCUUCUUGGCACUGAUAGGCUGCUCAAUAGCAGUCGUGGUGCAGCUAAACGAGUGCACUCAGAAACUGAUAAAGCCCCCGGUGACAACGCACACUCGAUUUCACGUAAACAAUUCUCUCUGGUACCCGGCACUCACGAUUUGCCGAGAACCACCCUUCCGCACUGAGGUUCUCCAAAAGUACGGCUUGGGCGCCUCUCCUCGUUACACUUCCGAGUGGCGGAACUUUCCCUGGGGUGACGUAACCCUGGAGCAGCUUUAUUCCGAGGCUACAUAUCCGGCAGAAGAAGUCUUCCUACUUUACGGGUUAAACGGGGCCACGAGUAACGUGGAGCUGUCCAGCAGCUACUUCUUCGAGUCUGGUGCGUGUCAUACUUUGAUUCCCAAGGCGACGACCCAGGAGGCUGGCCUCUCUGUCGGUUACUCGAUCCUUGUGACCCACAGUGGAAUCGUGCAAACCACGACUCAAGACUCAACCGGGCUCCUGGGCUGGCACGUCUACGUCCACGAGGCCAGCGAGACCUGGACAGAAUCAAAGAUGCAGAGCUUGGGUCGUCAGGAAGCCCUCUUCGUCGAGGUGGGUGAGGAGGUACACAUCAAGCUCUCAGUCCAAGAAUUUCACCAGACAAACGUCGGCAAGACUAGAUUGUGUGUGAACGAGAUAGAUGGUGGCGAGGUGCGAUGCGCCGAACGUUGUCGAUGGGAACAGAUGACCGUUGACGGGUGUGGGGCACCAUGGCUUCCCGGUCUGGAUCUUCCCGACUGUCAAGAGUACAAUCACACCAGCAAUUUGAUCAUUAACUACCUGAGGUACGACGAGUGCCACUCACCAUGUUGCGGUUGCGCGGCUAGCUGUCGAAUGGUGCGAUACGAGGCACUUCCGAUAACCAGGACCCCGUUUCCGGCUACCAUGUCGCAGAUUUACGUCUUCUUCAAUUCCCGUCUCGUCACCCUUAUGGAGGAAAGACCGGCGUACGAUUGGUCCAGCUUUCUUGCCGAGAUGGGAGGCAGCCUGGGCUUUCUUCUUGGCCUUAGCGUGCUUGGACUUAUCAGCAUAACCGAGAAAGGCGUCGAGGUCGUCACGGCAAGAUUAGCCUCGAAGAAAAACAAGGUGAUUCCAUAAAUUGCGAUGGUUACGUUUCUUUUGUACAGUUUUUCAUGCUUUGGUAUGUAUAAGGUACCUUGUACGGUGUAUCUUGAUUUGUACAUUGAGUAUCGGUAUUGAUUGUAGUAAUAAAAAGGU